ACCCUCUAUCUCUAAUUCUCUAUACAGUCCUUCUCCUUCUUAAAAGAAACAAAGAAAUCGAAUCCGCCAUGGCAGCAAAACCUAUCAUCAAAGUUGUUGCCAUCUGCGGAUCUCUUCGCAAAGCAUCUACCAACCAUGGCCUCCUCCGAUCUGCGAUUGAGUUGAGUGAGUCGAUUGAAGGAAUGUCGAUCGAGCAUGUCGACAUUUCGCCUCUGCCGAUGCUGAAUACCGAUCUCGAAGUCGACGGCAAAUAUCCACCUGUCGUUGAGGAUUUUCGUCGGAAAAUUCUUGAAUCCGACUGCUUCCUCUUCGCUUCUCCGGAAUAUAAUUACUCCAUCACCGCACCCUUAAAGAAUGCAUUGGAUUGGGCAUCUAGGCCACCAAAUGUAUGGGCCAAUAAGCCGGCGGCUAUCGUAAGCGCCGGAGGAGGAUUUGGCGGUGGGCGCUCACAAUAUCAUCUACGGCAAAUCGGUGUUUUUCUGGAUCUUCAUUUCAUAAACAAGCCCGAGUUUGUGGUGAACGCAUUCCAACCUCCUCCAAAGUUCAAUAACGAUGGCGAUUUAAUCGACCCUGCAACUAAAGUGAGGUUAAAAGAUGUUCUUCUAUCUCUUAAAGCAUUUGCUUUGAGACUCCAACAAGGUAAUUAAUUAAUGAUUCCGGGAUCGUUGAUUUUGCUCAACGACUGUGUUCCUUAGAAAUAAAAUGUUGCAAUCAUUAUAUUUCCCCAAUCUUCAAA